CUCUCUCUCUCUCUUUCUCACUCACUCACCCUCUCCAGUACUUCUCUCUCCGCUAUCACGCGCAGACACUCAUCCACAUCAGUGAGGGAGUGAAUGAGAGCUGGAGAUAAAGCAGAAGGAAAAGAAGAAGAAGAGAAAUAACAGAGGAUAUUUCAAGAAAGAAGAAUGAACAAAAAUAAAUAAAUAAAUAAAUAAAUAAAAGUUACAGGAAAAAAAAAGAGAAAGAGAGAAGAGAAACAAAAAAAAAAACAUAAAGAAAAAGAAAAGGAAGAAAAAAAAUAGAAAAUAAGCAGUAAAAGAACGAACGAACGAAAAAAAAUAAUAAAAACAACAAAAUCAAAAGCGAACAAGUAAAAGAAAGAAGGAAGAAAUCAAAACACACAAGAAAAUCUACACAAAGGAACACAAAGGAACACUCACCACCACCACCACCACCACCACCACCACCACCACCACCACCACCACCACACCUGCAGGAUGGGGAGAGGCAAGGGACAGGUGUCUUGGGGGGAGCAGACGGAGCUCCUUCAGUAUCUUCUCUACAUCUUCAACACUGUGUUCUUCUGCGGAGGGGCGGCUGUGUUUGCAAUGUGCCUGUGGAUUCGCUUCGAUAAAGAUAUGGACGAAUAUGUGAACAGUUUGGGCUUGUUCUUCUACUGGAACUCCACAAGUGUAGUGAUGAUGGCCUCGACUCUCGUGAUGCUCAACUGUUUCCUCGGGUGCUGCGGCAGUUACUUCUCCAACCGUCCCACCAUCAUUGUCUACAUGAUUUUUACGGUCAUCACCUUCAUCAUGCUGCUGGGCGGGGCUGCCUACACGCUGGACAAUGGUAUGGAGGAUUCAAAAGCCUAUCCUUUCAUUCAAGAGCAAAUGCGGCAACUGAUUCACCGCUACCAGUGGGACGUGGCUGCCAGACGCUCAGUUGAUAUCAUUCAGGAAUACGUGGGCUGCUGCGGAGGCUACUCGCACAAUGACUACACGGAUAUACACCUGCCCGUGCCCAACACCUGCCGUGACCAGGUGACCGGUAACCAGUACAGUGAUUCUUGCGCUGAGAUUUUCGGCCAAUACCUGGAAGUGCGCACUGGAUGGCUGGCUGGCCUCUCCCUGUCCCUCUGUUUCUUCCAGUGUUUCGCCAUGAUGAUCUCCGUGUGCAUGUAUAUGGCCCUGAAGGAGAGAGACGAGGAUAGGCGCAUGUAGUUUGGUUCACUCAAGCCUACGCCCUUACCUCGCCACCUGCCUCCACCAGUCCCCACUACAGAUUCCUUCACCCAGCACUCCUACACGUCUGCUGCAGUGAAUGAUACGCCACGCCCUCUUGUUUCAGUACGACUAAAAAAUGUAGUGGAAUGUUUAUAGAAUGAUAUAGAAUUUAGUACAAAAAUGUUUUAUGUAUCUAAAUUGUUAAAUUUAGUUGAUAUAUAUAUAUAUAUAUAUAUAUAUAUAUAUAUAUAUAUAUAUAUAUAUAUAUAUAUAUAUAUAUAUAUAUAUAUAUAUAUAUAUAUAUAUUUUUUUUUUUUUUUUUUUUUUCUUUUUUUAUGUGGGAAGUCCGUAGGUUACUUUAUAAAUGAAUAGAUAAGAAAAUCAAAUCGAAUAAAGUAACUAGAUAGGCAAAUAGUAGAUGAAUAAUUAGUGUAUAUGUCUGUUCAAAAAUUCACAUUAAAUAUAAAACUUGGUUAGCGCAACACUUCUUCAGGAUUAAGUAAACACGCUAAUGAAUUCACUUUCCCUGUCCUGUGCAUUCUUCGGUCAGUAUUCUCAAACGUGACAUCUCAAUUUCUAUAGGAGGCAUUUAACCAGAGAGAACGUGUACUACUACUACUACUACCACUAAUGAUGACCGAUUUUGAUCACUAACCAUCCUUAUCAGUAUGAGUUUGGAAUUCAUUCUUCUGCCAUACCCAUACCAUAAGACACAAGUAGUAGCAUGCAUACGUACGUGUCUUUGUGUUAAUGGUAUGUCUGAUGAUUGUACGUCUAGUACACUUAUAGCUUGUGACUGAUUGAUAAAAGUAAGGUCGUGUAUGUGUAAAGUGUUGAAUGAACUUGUUACUUGAUUGCUAGAAUAUUUUUAGUUGAAUAUGAUAAAUGACUUGUGUUGCACUGAUUUUGAACUCUCCAUUUCAAAUGUUUGGAAACGCUGUAUGGAGCAAUUGGUGAUCAUAAGAUUGUGUCUAUAUAACAAUCAACAACCUUCUGAUAAUGUGAGGGAGGUGGGAUGCCUGUUGUUGUUGUGUCCUUUAUUCUUUCAGUCACGCUCCUCCAGUGCAAACAUUUGAAACAUUACAAACAUUUCAGGCUACCAAGAGAGCACUGUCUAUGUCACACGUAGUUAUGUUGUGAGGAAGGUGGGAUGCUUCUACUUAUGUCUUAAUAAGAAUCUUUCUCUACUAUUUACCCAUCCAGUGUUUAUGAAUGAAAGACUUACAUUGCUGUGCUUAGUUCUGGAUGCUAAGAGUCCUGCUAAAAUGUUUGUAUUGCAUAGAAGGAAGAGGGAAUAAAAGAUUAAUCUGGUCUUUUCUCAGCUACUCAAUUAUUUACAAGACAGUGGUGACAGAGAGAAGACAAAAUAGAUAAUCAAUUUUGUCUUUUCCUGGCUAGUCGGUUAAUAAGACAGUGGCGAAAGUGUUUAAGUGUUGCAGGUGAUUAUGGAAUUGUGUAGCAGUGAAAUGAUUAGAUCAAUACCUGUGAAUUAGGAGUACUUCUGCAGAAGCUCUUGAUGCUACCACAGGACCCUUCUUCCUCUCUCUCUCUCUCUCUCUCUCUCUCUCUCUCUCUGCAUGAAGGGAUUCCUCACUCUGGUGUCUGAAUAAUUUUGUGAUGAGUGGAAUUCCAGCUGAAGCAAUAAAGGUUAGAUUUGUUAGUUUUGUGCUGUCUCUGUGAAUGGUAAAACCUAUUUCAUUUGCUCUUUUUGAAGUUCUCAGACUGGUAUUGCAUAAAAAGCAUUCCACUACAGUUUAUAUUUAGUCAGUGUAAGUGUGAUGUGCGAGUCAGUAAUUAUGGGCAACACUACAAGUUUAUUAUGUAUUUCUUUAAGAGUGCGGGAACAUGAACACUUUUUAUAUGUUUAUAUUUUGAAAGUUCCCAAAACAAAUUAAUAAAUCAAUAAGUUUU